AUGCCGAGGCGCCUCUGCCCACCGCCCACCCCGCAGAGCCUGCGAUGCGCGUCUGUGGCUCAGGACAAGAUGCGUGCGACUUUGGUGAAGUCAAAAUGCGCAGCGGGGGACCUUCAGAAGGGCCUUUCUGGGGGUGCGGGGAAGAGUCAGAAUCGAAUCGGAAAAGAGGAGAGCUUCCGGCUACUGUGGUCACUGCGUACGUCUUCAAAGGAGUCAAGAAAGGACGCGCCGGCCUCCAGCGCACCCCGCGUCGGUGCCGGACCACGAGACUUAGACUUGGUCCCUGCGGUGAUUCUGGUCGCGAACCGAAGUGGACGAGAACCGAAUCGAAAUCGGGCUCUGGGCAGGACAGGCGUGAAACGCUGGGGCCCAGAGGGAGCCAUCGGGGGUGUCUCUGGCCCGUACCAGGGGCUUGCAGCCGGGGCUGCCGGGCCGAGGCGGCACCGGGUCCUAACCCCGCCGGAGGGUCCGGCCCCUGGCUUCCGUGCCGACUUGGUGUUUGUUCCGGCUUUCGAACUCCGUGGCGUUCUUUCCCUCGACGGUUUUGCAGGUGUUGACUUCAAAAUCAAAACUGUAGAGCUAAGAGGAAAGAAAAUCAGAUUGCAGAUCUGGGACACGGCGGGUCAGGAGAGAUUCAACAGCAUUACCUCAGCCUACUACAGAAGCGCCAAGGGGAUCAUCCUGGUGUACGACAUCACCAAGAAGGAGACCUUCGACGACCUGCCCAAGUGGAUGAAGAUGAUCGACAAGUACGCUUCCGAAGACGCCGAGCUCCUCCUGGUGGGAAACAAGCUGGACUGUGAGCUGGACCGGGAGGUCAGCCGGCAGCAGGGCGAGAAGUUCGCACAGCAGAUAACUGGGAUGCGAUUCUGUGAGGCCAGCGCUAAGGACAACUUCAACGUGGACGAGAUCUUCCUCAAGCUGGUCGAUGACAUCCUGAAGAAGAUGCCGCUGGACGUGCUGCGGAACGAGCUGUCCAACAGCAUCCUUUCGCUGCAGCCCGAGCCUGAGGUCCCACCCGAGCUGCCCCCGCCGCGGCCACACGUGCGGUGCUGCUGAUCUGCACUGCGGGACAGCAUCCCUGCACUACAAUCGUGUUGACGGUUUCAUUUUGCACUUUGUAACCCAAGUCCAAGCUACACACUAACUUGUACAUAUGCAGAUAUGCAAUCCUGGGUAAGUCUGAGAGCGCCCGCCCCUGAAGAGUGGCCCAGCGGAAGGGUGUGAGGUUCCUCGUGAUGCGGCUCCUGGUCACUGCCGCCACGAGGACAGAAGAUUCUGCUAAGAAGACAGAGCGUGGUGCUUCGCUUACUGUUUUAAAGGAAAUUUAUAAAACUAAAGACUUUUUGAGAACAGAGCUAUGUUAAGUGCUUUCUCUUUCUUGACGAGACGUUCCACUGUAGCAUCUGAGCUCUGGAGCAGGCUGGCUCGGGCAUUUGUCGCUGCGAGGUAAGGAGGGGCUGGAUUGGACUCGUUGGUGGGAGCCUGCGAUCACCCAUUUCUGGUGCACGCACGGAGGGGUCCCGUGCUUUGAGGGACCCUAGAAAUUCGGUAAAGAAAGAAGUGUUUUUGAAAUGGUAGGAAAGAUUUUAAGACAGCUGCUGUCCUGACAGAUCUGCCGAAAGGCAUGCUAAGGAGAUGCGUCGCAAUGUGCCCAAGAACGCACGUGUGUCUCCCCUGAGCGCUCUGUGAGGGGAUCGAGGCCUGGACGGUUUGUUAUUUUAUUUUAUUUUCUGGUCUGAUAAUGAAUUGUGGACUCUUUCUGGUGUAUCUUUU